UCUGAUCUCCGCAGUGCCGCAUGGAGUGUAAGGACGUGUCGGCGGAGAUCCUCUAUGACGUCCUCCAUGACAUUGAAUAUCGCAAGAAGUGGGACACCAACGUCAUCGAGACCUUCGACAUCGGCAAGCUGACCGUCAACGCCGACAUCGGAUACUACGCCUGGAAAUGUCCCAAGCCGCUGAAGAACCGUGAUGUCAUCACUCUGCGCUCCUGGCUGCCCAUGGGGAGCGAUUACAUCAUCAUGAAUUAUUCCGUAAGACACGCGAAAUACCCCCCGAAGAAGGACCUUGUACGGGCUGUGUCCAUACAGACCGGGUACCUCAUACUUGGAGGAGGACGCAACAGCUCUACCCUCAUCUACCUGGCCCAGGUUGAUCCCAGAGGUUCCUUACCCAAAUGGGUCGUGAAUAAGUCCUCACAGUUUCUGGCUCCAAAGGCCAUGAAGAAGAUGUACAAGGCCUGCUUGAAGUACCCGGACUGGAAAAAGAAACACAACCCCCAGCACAAGCCCUGGCUGUACCCGGAGCAGAGCACCCUGCCCUCCAUCAGCCUGUCCGAGGUGUCCGUCCAGCACGCCGACUCGCUGGAAAAUAUCGACGAGAGCGGCAUGGCAGAGACCAAGGAUGACCGAGGAGACGGGAGUGACGAAGACAGCGUCAACUGAGAGCGCAGAACCUUUGCCA